GAGUACCUUUUGGUUUCCAUUUUAAAGUCCCUGGCGCCACAUGUUUUCCCCCACCAAACAACAAAUAAACCGACCCUUCACUAACUCCCACAGCUCUCUCUAGAUGGCAAUGUCCACCUUCUCCAACCUCUCCACACGCGCCGCCGUGUCACUCAACUCAUCAAACCACCACCACUACCAUAGAACCACCAUCACUCCCCGAAUCACCACCACUUUCUCUAAACUCUCAACUAAUCCCUCUCUCACUUACUCCACUACCAAUCACAACCGAUUCCACUCCACACUCGUCUUCUCCUCCGCUGACGGCGGCGGGACAGGCGGCAAUGCUGGUGGAAGUAGCGGCGGCGGCGGCGGAGGAGGAGAUGGAAAAAAUAACGAUGACAGUGAUGCUGAGUCACGCAAUAGGACAGAAGCAUUUUUGGCGUUGGCAGAGGGAGGGAAGUCAUUGGAGAGCUUGCCGAAGGACUUGGCGGGUGCGAUUGAGGCGGGAAGAGUGCCGGGAUUGAUUGUGAAAAGGUACUUUGAUCUCGAGAAGAAUGCGGUUUUUCGAUGGUUGCUUCAGUUUGGUGGAUUUAAAGAACGGUUGCUGGCUGAUGAUCUGUUUUUAACUAAGGUUGCUAUUGAAUGUGGGGUUGGGAUCUUCACUAAGACUGCUGCCGAGUUGGAAAAACGUGGAGAAAAUUUUAGCAAGGAGCUGGACUUUGUGUGUGCUGAUGUGGUGAUGGCGUUAAUAGCAGACUUCAUGCUUGUUUGGCUUCCUGCUCCUACCGUUUCUCUUCAACCACCUCUUGCAGUCAGCGCUGGCGCCAUUUCUAAGUUCUUCUACAGUUGUCCUGAUAAUGCUUUCCAGGUGGCUUUAGCUGGAAGAUCUUAUACAUUUUUGCAGAGAGUAGGAGCAAUAGUGCGGAAUGGAGGAAAGCUAUUUGCAGUUGGAACCGGUGCAUCUAUGGUUGGUGUGGGUAUGACAAAUGUAUUGAUCAAUGCAAGAAAGAUGCUCGAUAAAGAUUUUGCUGGUGAAGCCGAGGAUGUGCCUAUUCUAUCGACCAGUUUUGGCUAUGGUGUUUAUAUGGCAGUUUCUAGCAACCUAAGGUACCAAGUACUUGCUGGAGUUAUUGAACAAAGAAUUUUAGAACCUUUGCUGCAUGAACAUAAGGUGAUACUAAGUGCGAUUUGCUUCGCUGUUCGAACCGGCAACACUUUCUUGGGAUCGUUGAUGUGGGUGGAUUAUGCACGUUUUAUGGGAAUCCAAAAGAUACGGGAUUGAAACAUACAGAGGUUUGGUUGAUUUCUUGUUGUGGAUUAAUUGUAUUUUAAAUAAAUGUACACGAUUCCUUUAAUUUAUAACAAAAUAGAGGCAAAUCUGCGCUUCCUUUUUGUUUAUUGUAUUAGGGAUGUGCAAGGUUUGGCUCCAUUUAAAAUUAAACUAUUCUACAAAAGAUAGAAUAUUUAUAUAAAUAUCAGUUCGAUAUUUUUUUUAA